AAUUACUUCAAAUAACAGCCAGCCUAACGUGUUUGUAGCGAAAUAGUUGCGUUUCACCGCCAUUUUUAGAAAUGGCCUCCCUUCAAAUCAAUACAAAGAAAUGUUCAUUAGGACUUUUUUAUUGAUUAAAUAAAAAGGAAGACUUUAAUGUCUCCGGCACAUUUCCUACCGACGAAGACAGAUGAGACUCUGAAAGGGACAAGCGGUAGAAAAUGGAUUGAUGGAUGGAUACUCUGCCACCCCUGGAGGAACCAUGCGAUAUGACAGUGCUGGGUCAAAGUGCGGAUUGUUUGUCUCCUGGCUGCACCUCGGCCGCCUCCCUGUCGGCUCGGGCGUUGGCAGCAUGACUCGUAGAAGGACGUGAGGGAACCUGCGCGGGGGCUGACGGUGUUAUUUCGGGUGACCCUGGAGGAGAAACUGGAAACGAAGUCGCAAGGAAAUGGGCCCCCGAAUCGACUGUUGAUGGCAGCCAAAAGGAAAUACACGGACACGGAAUUGCCCCCUCAGGAAUCCGAAGACCUCUUCCAGGACUUAAGCCAACUCCAGGAAACGUGGCUCACUGAAGCUCAGGUUCCUGACAGUGACGAGCAGUUUGUUCCGGAUUUCCACUCGGAGAACUCGGUGGCCUUCCACAGCCCGCCCGUCACCAUCAAGAAGGAGCCUCAGAGCCCGGGCUCAGACCCCAGCCAGUCAUGUAGUCACAAGCAGACCUUCAGCUUCCCCAGUGGAGAGCAGUGCCUUUACGCCAGUGCCUAUGAGCAAAAGAGGGCAGCAGGAGGCGCCAAGGGUUGCCAGAUGUCGCCCAUGCAGCAGCAGCAUUAUUCCCCCAAAGGAGUGGGCGGCGGCUACAUGACCUCCGCCUCCCAGCCGCUGCCUAGCAACACGUACCCCCUCAAUGCCAGAUAUCAAGGCCCCUCAGGAGACCCCAUGUGCCCCCAGUUCCCCGGCUUCCAGCGAAUGUCCUCCGCACCGGCGGGCCACGGCGGAGGGGGCGGAGCCUACCAGCGGCAGCACUCGGAGCCGUGCGUGGCGUACGCGCAGCAGACGUUCAAGCGAGAGUACGUGGACCCGUCGUACGAGCGGGCGGCUCACCUGGCAACCCAGGCGGGACAACAUGGCCGCUGUCACACGCACAGGUUCCCCCCCGCCCACAUGAUGGUGAAGCAGGAGCCCACAGACUACACCUACGACACAGAUGUUUCCGGGUGUUCUUCCAUGUAUCAGCACAGCGAGGCCUACCCUGCCCCUCAGCAAGGCAGCGAAGGUUACCUGUUUGAAAACGACUCCCGUGUGGUUCCAGACAAGGUGGAAGGCGAGGUGAAACAGGAAGGUGGGGGCGUGUUCGGCGGGGGCGCACCUUAUCAGCGGCGAGGCUCGCUGCAGCUGUGGCAGUUCCUGGUGGCGCUGCUGGACGACCCCGCCAACGCACAUUUCAUCGCCUGGACGGGCCGAGGCAUGGAGUUCAAACUCAUCGAGCCCGAAGAGGUUGCUCGCCUGUGGGGGAUGCAGAAGAAUCGUCCGGCCAUGAACUACGACAAGCUGAGUCGCUCGCUGCGCUAUUACUACGAGAAAGGAAUCAUGCAGAAGGUGGCGGGCGAGCGCUACGUCUACAAGUUUGUGUGCGAGCCUGAGGCCCUCAUCUCGCUGGCAUUCCCCGACAAUCAGCGGCCAGGCUUGAAGGCGGAGUUUGAGCGCUACGUCAACGAGGAGGACACGGUGCCGCUGUCACACCUGGACGAGGGUACGCCCUACAACCCCGCCGACGCCGCGGGAGCCCAGACCUACUCUAAAGGCUACAUGUACUAAAGCCACGCCCCCUCGCUCUACCAAACAUCUUCAUACCCACAAUGCACCUCUUGCACACGUCCUGCUCCACUUGUAUAUACAAAUGAUCUCAUUAAGAAACUUCUGUCACAUCAACAUGACAUGAUUGCUUAGUAGUAAUAAUAAAUACUCUGAAUUAUUAUACC